AUGUUCUCUAAGAAGGAGCUGGGUCUGUUAGCGGUUGCGUUGGCCACGCAAACAUGUGCCGCGGCGACAACUCAGGCCAGUGAUGCGCACGCCACUUGCCAGAAGACAACGGUCGCUAUCCUGGGAGGUGGCAUGGCUGGUGUUGCUGCGGCACAAGCUCUGACCAACUCGUCGAUUCACGACUUUGUGAUUAUCGAGUACCGGGAUACCCUCGGUGGCCGUGUCGCCCAUACCGACUUUGGCAAGGAUCCCAAUGGCAAGCCGUACACAGUGGAGCUGGGAGCCAACUGGGUGCAAGGACUAGGAUCUCCCGGAGGCCCUGAGAACCCCAUCUGGACUUUUGCAAAGAAGUGGGGUCUGAACAACACCUACUCCAACUACAGCUCGAUUCUCACCUACAACGAGACCGGUUAUGUAGACUACAGUUCUCUUUUGGAUGAAUAUGAGACUCUUUUUGGUGAUGCUGCCGAUGCAGCUGGAGUCCUUUUGACCGAUAAUGGCCAGGAUCAAACUGCCCGCACUGGUCUGGCUCUGGCAGGUUGGAGGCCCAAGAUCGACGACAUGGCCCGCCAGGCCGUGGAGUGGUGGGAGUGGGACUGGGAGGAUUCAUAUUCACCCGACGAAAGCUCCUUCAUUUUCGGCGUCGCCGGUGAGAACUUGACCUUCAACCAGUUCAGCGACGAAAACAACUAUGUCUGGGACCAGCGUGGCUACAACCGAAUCAUCAUCAAAGAGGCGUCGACUUUCCUCAAGGACAAUGACCCGCGCCUCCAACUCAAUUCGAUCAUCACCAACGUCACCUACUCCGACGACGGCGUUGUUAUUUACAAGGAAGACGGUAGCUGCGUAUCCGCCGCUUACGCAGUCUGCACCUUCUCGCUCGGCGUGCUCCAGAACAACGCCGUCUCGUUCAGCCCUGCCUUCCCUGACUGGAAGCAGACUGCUAUUGAGAAGUUCACCAUGGGCACAUACACAAAGAUCUUCCUCCAGUUCAACGAGACCUUCUGGCCUCGCGAUACCCAGUACUUCCUGUACGCCGAUCCUACCAGCCGCGGCUACUACCCCGUCUGGCAAUCUCUGUCUGCCCCAGGCUUCAUCCCAGAGUCAAACAUCAUCUUCGUCACCGUCGUCUCACAGGACUCCUACCGCGUCGAACGCCAAUCAGACGAGGAGACUCAGAAAGAAGUCAUGGCCGUCCUGCGCAAGAUGUACCCAGACCUUGACAUCCCCGAGCCCACGGCCUUCAUGUACCCGCGCUGGUCAACGACCCCCUGGGCGUACGGCAGUUACUCGAACUGGCCCCCAUCGACCACUCUCGAGAUGCACGAGAACUUGCGCGCGAACGUGAACCGCCUCUGGUUCGCGGGCGAGGCUACCAGCGCAGGGUACUUCGGCUUCUUGCAUGGCGCUUGGUUCGAGGGUCGUGAUGCGGGUGAGCGGAUUGCAGAGUUGUUGGGUGGUAAGUGUGCGAAGACGAAUAGCUCGGGCACUUGUGGAAACCGGAAGUACUGGGAGGGACUGCACGGUAGCUCGCCGCUUGCGGAUUAUAGUGCCUUUGAUGGGUGGGAUACUAGCAGCUUCUACUCGAGCUACUAA